AUGAACUAUUCCAACGUCUACGAAUCCCACAACAACUUCCACUGCAAUUCCGCCAUCAACAAUGUCAACUACAGAAGCAAUAACAACCUCCACUGCAGUUCAGACAUCAACAUCAACGACGCCUACAGAAACCCCAACUACGUCCACUGCACUUCCGACACCAACAACAGCCGGAACAACCUCCACUGCAAGUCCGACGACAACAACGACGACUACAGAACCUACAACAACGACGACCACAGAAGCGACAACCUCCACUGCAGUUUCUACACCAACAACAACUACAACGGAAAUGACAACCACCACAACAACGUCGACCACAGAGGCAACAACCUCCACUGCAGUUGCGACAUCAGCAACAACUACUACCGAAGCCACAACAACCUCCACUGCAAGUCCGACGACAACAACGACGACUACAGAACCUACAACAACGACGACCACAGAAGCGACAACCUCCACUGCAGUUUCUACACCAACAACAACUACAACGGAAAUGACAACCACCACAACAACGUCGACCACAGAGGCAACAACCUCCACUGCAGUUGCGACAUCAGCAACAACUACUACCGAAGCCACAACAACCUCCACUGCAAGUCCGACGACAACAACGACGACUACAGAACCUACAACAACGACGACCACAGAAGCGACAACCUCCACUGCAGUUUCUACACCAACAACAACUACAACGGAAAUGACAACCACCACAACAACGUCGACCACAGAGGCAACAACCUCCACUGCAGUUGCGACAUCGCCAACAACUACUACCGAAGCCACAACAACCUCCACUGCAAGUCCGACGACAACAACGACGACUACAGAACCUACAACAACGACGACCACAGAAGCGACAACCUCCACUGCAGUUUCUACACCAACAACAACUACAACGGAAAUGACAACCACCACAACAACGUCGACCACAGAGGCAACAACCUCCACUGCAGUUGCGACAUCAGCAACAACUACUACCGAAGCCACAACAACCUCCACUGCAAGUCCGACGACAACAACGACGACUACAGAACCUACAACAACGACGACCACAGAAGCGACAACCUCCACUGCAGUUUCUACACCAACAACAACUACAACGGAAAUGACAACCACCACAACAACGUCGACCACAGAGGCAACAACCUCCACUGCAGUUGCGACAUCGCCAACAACUACUACCGAAGCCACAACAACCUCCACUGCAAGUCCGACGACAACAACGACGACUACAGAACCUACAACAACGACGAACACAGAAGCGACAACCUCCACUGCAAGGCAACAACCUCCACUGCAGUUGCGACAUCAGCAACAACUACUACCGAAGCCACAACAACCUCCACUGCAAGUCCGACGACAACAACGACGACUACAGAACCUACAACAACGACGACCACAGAAGCGACAACCUCCACUGCAGUUUCUACACCAACAACAACUACAACGGAAAUGACAACCACCACAACAACGUCGACCACAGAGGCAACAACCUCCACUGCAGUUGCGACAUCGCCAACAACUACUACCGAAGCCACAACAACCUCCACUGCAAGUCCGACGACAACAACGACGACUACAGAACCUACAACAACGACGACCACAGAAGCGACAACCUCCACUGCAGUUUCUACACCAACAACAACUACAACGGAAAUGACAACCACCACAACAACGUCGACCACAGAGGCAACAACCUCCACUGCAGUUGCGACAUCAGCAACAACUUCUACAGAAACACCAACAACCUCCACUGCACUUCCAUGUCAACAAGACUGUGAUGAUCAAUGA